AAACACAUUUUAGAAAUAUUUCGUGUUUACGCAAACGCAAACGAAAUAACUUUUACUCGAAUUUCAUCAAAUAUACAAUAGAACUAUGCUCUAACGCAGAACCCCAUUUCGACAACUAUCCCAAUAAUCAGUAGCAAUGUGCGACAGUGACGACGACCCCAGCGAGUCGGGUCGUGGCGGCGUCGAUCUGACCGGGUUUUUGUUUGGAAACAUUGACGAGAGUGGCCAGUUGGAAGACAACGGGCUGCUCGAUGGAGACUCCAAGCGGAUGUUGUCUUCCCUCUCGAGGCUCGGCCUCGGCUCCAUCCUGUCUGAAGUGCUGGAUAAUGAGGAGCCUACACAUGACGAUGAAGAAAAAGAUUAUAGCCUCAAAAGUCCAUCUGCUGAAGAUUUCUUUGACAUUGAUGAUGCAGCAGAAGAUACUCAGGAGGUGGUCACGGUUAGUAACAGUAACACUAGUGAGUCAGCACAGGCAGAGGACGCACACACAUCGCAGGUAGAAGUAGACACGGUUGUCACAGAUACGGAGACUGCGGAGGUUGAAAUUAAUAGUGAUUGUCCACAGACGGAAGAAGAGAUAGUACAGUCUGAUUAUUAUGGUGGGAAACCGGGACAGGAUGAGGGGUACGAAGGGGAUAUGGAGGGGGACGGGGAGCUCAUGCCGCCACCUUCUACUAUACCAACCCACGCCCAAAGACAACAAUCAACAGAAAAACCAAAGAAAUUAGAGACUCCUUUGGCAGCCAUGUUGCCAUCAAAAUAUGCAAACACAGAUGUUACUGAGCUAUUCCCAGACUUUAGGCCUGAUAAGGUGCUCCUAUUCUCGCGUCUCUUCGGCCCCGGCAAGCUGUCCAGCCUGCCCCAGAUUUGGCGCGGGGUGAAGAAGCGGCGGCGGCGGCGGCGCAGCGGCAGCGCGGGCAGUGACCCGCCCGACCGCCCUCCGGAGACCGAGAUACAGUAUGCUAGCGAUGAUGAGGAGAAGUUCCUUAGACCAAUGGAGGAGUCGCCUCAAAGCAGCGCAGACAACAACACCAACAACUCCGGCGACCGCAGUCAGAAGCCGAGCACGGCGCACUGGCGGUUCGGCCCCGCGCAGGUCUGGUACGACAUGCUCAACGUGCCCGAGUCGGGGGAGGGGUUCAACUACGGGUUCAAGGCCAAGAGUGAGCAAGAAAGCGACAAAGAGCAAGAGAAGCCCCCGGAGACGGAGGCCGGGGACGGGUCGGACAGCCCGGACAGCGGCUUCCCCGAGGACUCCUUCCUGAUGGUGUCGCAGCUGCAGUGGGAGGACGAUGUGAUCUGGGACGGCAGCGAGAUCAAACAUAAGGUGCUAGCGCGUCUAAACAGCAAGAGCAACGCGGCGGGCUGGGUGCCCACGUCGGUCAGCCGCACCGCGCAGCAGUUCUCGCACCCGCGCCCGCAGCCCGCGCCCAUCACGACUAAGCCGAACAUCUCAGCAGCAUCAACCUCGUCCAACCAGCCGGGCGGGCCCACGGCCGACGGCGAAGACAACACCUGGUACAGCAUAUUCCCAGUCGAGAACGAAGAGUUGGUCUACGGCACAUGGGAGGACGAGGUCAUAUGGGACGCCGAGAACAUGCCCAAAAUACCGAAGCCGAAGAUAUUGACGUUGGACCCAAAUGAUGAGAAUAUCAUAUUAGGGAUCCCUGAUGAUGUGGAUCCGUCGAAGAUUACUAGAGAAAGAGGCCCGCAACCCAAGGUGAAGAUCCCGCACCCUCACGUGAAGAAGUCCAAGAUCCUGCUGGGCAAGGCGGGCGUGAUCAACGUAUUGCAAGAGGACGCGCCACCGCCGCCGCCCAAGUCUCCUGAUAGAGAUCCUUUUAAUAUCUCUAAUGAUGUAUUCUACCAGCCGAAGUCCCAGAACCCUCGUCUGAAGGUGGCGGGCGGUCAGCUCAUCCAGCACAGUACACCGGUGGUGGAGCUACGGGCGCCCUUCAUACAGACCCAUAUGGGACCUGGACGAUUGCGUGCGUUCCACCGGCCGGCGCUGAAGAAGCUGUCGCACGGGCCGCUCGCCGCGCCCGGCCCGCACCCCGUGCAGCCGCUUAUUAAACAUAUACGGAAGAAGGCCAAGCAACGCGAAGCCGAGCGCCUGGCGUCCGGAGGCGGCGACGUGUUCUUCAUGAGGACGGCCGAGGACCUGAGCGGGCGCGACGGCGAGCUCGUGUUCAUCGAGUUCUGCGAGGAACACCCGCCGCUCAUCAGCCAAGUCGGCAUGUGCUCGAAGAUAAAGAAUUAUUAUAAACGAACCGCUACUAAGGACAGCGGCCCUAAACCGCUCAAGUACGGCGAGAUAGCGUACGCGCACACGUCGCCGUUCCUCGGGAUCCUGGCGCCGGGAGCCACGCAGCCCGUCGUGGAGAACAACAUGUACCGCGCGCCGAUAUACGAGCACACCGUGCCGCAGACCGACUUCCUUAUUAUACGGACCAGACAAGCGUACUACAUCCGCGAGGUGGACGCCCUGUUCGUGGCGGGACAAGAGUGUCCGCUGUACGAGGUGCCUGGGCCUAACUCCAAGCGGGCCAAUAACUUCGUUAGAGACUUCUUGCAGGUGUACAUUUACAGAUUAUUCUGGAAGUCCCGCGACAACCCGCGUCGUAUCAAAAUGGACGACAUCAAGAGAGCUUUCCCCUCACACUCGGAGAGUUCCAUCAGGAAGCGUCUGAAGCUGUGCGCCGACUUCAAACGUACUGGAUUGGAUUCUAAUUGGUGGGUAAUAAAGCCGGACUUCCGGCUGCCCUCAGAAGAAGAGCUCCGAGCCAUGGUGUCCCCGGAACAAUGCUGCGCUUACUUCAGCAUGGCGGCGGCGGAGCAGCGGCUGCGCGACGCGGGCUACGGAGAGAAGUUCCUGUUCACGCCGCAGGAGGACGAUGAUGAGGAGAUGCAGUCCAAGAUGGACGACGAGGUGAAAGUGGCUCCGUGGAACACAACCCGCGCCUACAUCCAGGCGAUGCGCGGGAAGUGUCUGCUGCAGUUGACCGGACCGGCCGACCCUACUGGCUGUGGAGAAGGUUUCUCGUACGUCCGCAUGCCCAACAAGCCGACGCAACAGCCGAACGAGGAGCAACAACCCAAGCGUACAGUUACCGGCACUGACGCGGACUUGAGAAGACUCAGCUUGAACAACGCUAAGGCCUUGCUGAGGAAGUUUGGGGUGCCUGAGGAAGAGAUCAAGAAGCUAUCCCGUUGGGAGGUCAUUGACGUGGUGCGCACGCUGUCCACGGAGAAGGCCAAGGCGGGCGAAGAAGGCAUGACCAAGUUCUCCAGAGGAAACCGAUUCUCCAUCGCUGAGCACCAGGAAAGAUACAAAGAGGAAUGCCAGCGUAUAUUCGAGCUGCAAAACCGGGUACUGUCGAGCACAGAAGUGCUUAGUACAGACGAGGCGGAAAGUUCAGUCAGUGAGGAGUCCGACCUCGAAGAGAUGGGAAAGAAUCUCGAAAACAUGCUCGCUAAUAAGAAAACUACUGAACAGUUGUCGUUAGAAAGAGAGGAAGCAGAAAGAGCUGAGCUGAGGAAGAUGAUCUUGGGCCAGUCGGAGAAGAAACCGCAAAUCAACCAGAAUGAAACUUCGCUAUCCGCUCACCAAGGCCGCGUACUCCGCAUAGUGCGUACAUUCCGCAACGCAUCCGGCCAGCGGUACACUCGAGUGGAAAUAGUACGCAAGGCGGCGGUCAUAGAGGCGUACACCAAGAUACGCUCGACUAAAGACGACGCAUUUAUACGACAGUUCGCUACGAUGGACGAGACGCAGAAGGAGGAGAUGAAGAGGGAGAAGAGGAGGAUUCAGGAACAACUGCGACGUAUCAAGCGAAACCAAGAGAGGGAGCGGCUAGCCGGAAAUGUCACCAUUCCGAGUAUGGGCGGAGACAGCUCAUCAAACAUGGACAUGAUGGGCUCUCCAUCAUCAGGCCUGAUCCCGCUGGGUCAGAUCAAACAGGAACCGGACCUAUACACACCUUCGUCGUCCAGAUCUAGACGCGCUAAACUGAAACCUGACCUCAAACUGAAGUGCGGUGCUUGCGGUCAAGUCGGCCACAUGCGCACGAACAAGGCGUGCCGCCUGUACACCGGGGGCGGCGCCGAGAGGGGCGCGUCGCCGGACUUGGAGCCGCCCCCGCCCGAGCCGGUUAGCGCCCCCACCGGCUGCGUCGAUGGGACCAAGCUUACGCUGCCUACUAAGCUUAUCAAGCAAUCCGAAGAGCUCCGUCGCAAGAGCGGCAGCCGCAAGGAGUUCCGCGCCGCCGGCCGCAUCCGCCGCCGCGGCACCGCCUCCGAGUCUUGCGACUAUUUGGUCAAGAGACCAGCAGAAAGGAGAAGGACUGACCCGCUAGUUACUCUCUCGUCAUUGUUGGAAGAUGUCUUAAACCAUAUGAGGCACUUGCCAGAUGUGCAACCGUUCCUGUUUCCUGUUAAUCCUAAGUUGGUGGCAGACUACUACCGCAUCGUGUCCCGGCCGAUGGACCUGCAGAGCAUCCGCGACAGCCUGCGCCAGAAGCACUACCAGAGCCGCGAGGAGUUCCUGGCUGACGUCAACCAGAUCGUCGAGAACUCCACGCUUUACAAUGGACCUACAAGCAGUCUGACCGUGGCCGCUCAGCGCAUGUUACAGCGAUGCGUCGAGAAGCUGGCGGAGAAGGAGGAACAGAUCAUGAAGCUGGAGAAACAAAUCAACCCGCUACUGGACGAUAAUGAUCAAGUCGCCCUAUCAUUCAUUCUGGAGAACCUUCUCACGACGAAGCUGAAGAUAAUGCCGGAAGCGUGGCCCUUCCUGAAGCCCGUCAACAAGAAGCAGGUGAAGGACUACUACAGCGUCAUCAAGCGACCCAUCGACAUGGAGACCAUGGGGAAGAAGAUACAAGCGCACAAGUACCACAGUCGCGCGGAGUUCCUGCGCGACAUUCAGCUGUUGGUGGACAACUGUCGCGCGUACAACGGACCGACGUCGCAGUUCACGCGACAAGCCGAGACCAUACUGAAUGUCACUCAGGAGGCUUUGGAACAGUUCGGCGAGCACGUCACACAACUCGAAGCGAACAUAGCACUAGUGCAACAGAAGAUGCUAGAAGCAGCCGAGCAAUCGGAUGAGCGGGACUCGCCGCCGCCGCCCAGCGAGGAGAAGCGGGGGAGGGGCCGGCCGAGGAAGCACAAGCUGCACGCCGGCGCCGAUGGUUCGACCCCGAGCAAGCGCGGCCGCCCCCGCAAGGAGCCGCACAGCCUCGAGGAGGACCUGCAGUACUCGGACAGCGGCGGUUCCGAGCUGGAGGAGGUGCAGCCCGCCCGCCCACAAGACGACCUAUCCACCGGUCUAGACACGGGCUUCCCCCCUCCCCCCGUGGAGAUAAAACGGGAGAUCCCCGACGAGCCGCCGCACGCGAGCGACGACUUCGUGGACCUGGACGACCACACCGACUACUCCUUCCCGCCCGUCGUCAAGGAGGAGCCAAUGGAACCGGAUAUGAACAUGGAGCACCCGAUGGAGGGCCCCUCGCUGGCGCCGCCGCAGCUUAAGGAGGAACCCAUGGAGAAUUGGCAGCCGGAUCCAGCUAUUCAAGACGACUUGCAAGUCACGGACAGUGAAGAGGAGGCGGAAGAUGGCUUGUGGUUCUAAACAACAUUCUUAACCAAUCUUGUACAGUCUAAACGCAAUAAUGAAGACGCUAUGACUUUUGUUAUAAAGUCCAAGUUUGAGCGGUGAAUCCCCUUCAUACAAUGCGUAAUUAUAUGAACUAAAGCGCACUUUAAAAACGAAGGUUUGCAACAGAAUGUUUCACUACGGUAUGAUUAUUUGAAUAUGUAUUUGUACGCCUUGUGAUUUUAUCCCAAUUUUCGUAAACAGUCGGGUCUGUCUGUAUGAAAUUGAAAUUAAGAAAAAUAAGCUAUAAAUAAUUAUAAUAAUUAGUAACGUAAGACAGAAAAUUGUAAUUGUUAAGAUUUUUAUGAAAUAAAUAUUGUUAUUAAUA